AUGACAAGAAAAUUUGAUCAAGAAGAAAAUGAAGAUUUAUUACCAAUUGUUAAUUUAAAAGGUGAAAAUAUUCAACUAGCAAAUAUUUUAAUAAUUAAAAUACUAGAUUAUAGAUUAAAAUCAUUAUCACAUAAUGAAUUAUAUGAUUUUGUAAACUCUAUUCAAAUAGUAUGCAAAAGCUGGAACUUAUUCAUUGUUAAUAAAUUAAACCUUGGUAAAUAUUUAACAAAGUGUAAUGACUAUUUUAAAAUAUUUAAUAAUAUUUCAAAUCUUAUUGAAGGUUUAGGAAGAAAUAGAGGAUACGUUCUCACAAAUUCAAACAUUGGCCAAUAUCAACAAUGUAUACCAAUUUCUAAAUUAUUAUCACUAUUAAUAACAAAACCAAUUGAAUAUGAAUCCUAUUCUAAAUCAAAAUUUGGAUCUAAAAGAUCUCAAAUUUUAAUUGACAAUAUUUCAUGUGGUGAUGAAAAUAGUCCAAAUUAUAAUUUAAUUUUAAAAUUAUCAACUCCAUAUAAUAAUAAUAAUCAACAACAACAACAACUUCCAAAUGAAAUUAAUAAAAAUAGAAUAAAUGAUUAUCAUAAAGAACCAAUUUAUAAACCUUUAAAAAGUUUUUCAGAUCAUUACAAAAUUGAAUUUGAUAAGAUUUUAAUUUAUCAAGAAGGUGUUGAAUAUGAUGUAAAUCAUUUAAAAGAAAGAAAUGAAAAUCAAAUUAAUAAUUUUCAAAUUGGUGUUUUAUUAUUACCAAUUUGGGGUGGAAAAAGAGAAGAUAAUGAAUAUAAUAAUAAUAAUAAUAAAUUAAAAUUAUUAUUUAAUAAUAAUUUCUCACAUGAAAUAUAUCACUCAAACUAUUCAAAUUGGAUAUUCUUUUUAAAUGAAAGUAUUUCAAAGAUAAAUCCAGUUGAAAAAGGUGUAGUAUUUAUUUCAAAAUUCAAUGUAUUCAUCAAUCCAACUAUUUAUACUGGCUAUUGUGAAGAGAAUUUCAACCCAUCAAUAAGUGAAAUUGAAUUUUCUCAAGGUAUUAAAUCAAUUGAUUAUUAUAACUAUUAUAAAUAUUUAAAUGAAGAAAAUGAAGAAAACAAUAUUUAUAAUAAUAUCAAAAGAUAUAAUUAUUCAAUUAUAAAAGAUAUUAGUAAUAGAAUUAAAGAUGAUUUAAAAUUAUAUAAUGUUGGAUUAAUUUUAAAAAAUUCUUAUUCAUCCACUAAUACCACUACUACCGAAUUAGAAUCAUCUGGUAGUGGAAAAGAAUUAAAAGGAAUAGAUUUAACAAUUUGGAAUGCUUUAAAAGAGAUAUAUGAUAUAAAGAGAUUAUCAAUUUCAACAUUUAUAAUUGAAAGUUUCAUUCCACCAAAAAUUGAAAUUUUAAAUCAUCGUACAGUUCAUUUUGGUUCAAAAAGUUCUUCAAAUUGUCAUACAAUUUUUUAUGCAUGUGAAAAUUAUAUGGAAGAUUUAAAGAUAUUUCAAGAUAAAAGUGAUAACUAUGAAUCAUCAAUUAAGAUGUUUUCUGCAAUUUUAAUUUCAAAAAAUUAA